CGAGGUCGGGGGGGCGCGGGCCUCGGGAGCUACUUCUUCCCUAGGCGUCGAGAAGGUGUCGCCCGCGAGGCUUUUUGCGAGGAAGGACUUCGCUGGUUUGGGUCCAGAUCCGUCCUUGUCGAAGUGCUGAUACGACUUUUCCCAAACUAAAAUGGCUUCAGAAUUCCCAUCCGUGCUUUGCUUGGCUCGCCUCCCUGCCCCUUUUCAGGCAGAUUGGUUUCUUGGAAUGGUUUUGGAAAAGUUUGUGCCUGUGCUCUACAGUUGUAGGUUUUCCCUUGAAAUCCCUGCUCACCCCAAAACUGUUUUGUUUUGUUUUUUUUGCUUGUUUGUUGACGAUUUGGAUUGCUGCCCAAACUUGGGCAUUGUAAAAUUUAUUUUAAAUAAGUGAUAUACUUUCCUGGGGAUGAAGAGCUCUAUAAAUGCGAAUUAUGUUCUUAAAUCACAAAUUUUGCAGGAGAAACUGACCCUAAAACGUGAGGUGUCUGUUAGUCUGUGCCCAGUAAAUUAUCGAUCCUGGAGGUUUGUAAACCCUAGGAGCACAUGUUGGUUUUUGCUUUCAGCCGGAAGUUCUAAAAAUUUACGGAGUACCGAGUAUCACAAGCUCUGGUGUUGGUGCGGGUUUAAUUGGCUUUAGCUCUGCAGUGAAAUGGUAGUGAGCAGCAGCAUAUUUUGUCAGUGCAUUGGUUUGUUGGGCUGGAUGUCUGCUUUCUAGGAAAUUGCACUGCAUUAAAACAUCAGAGAACUUUUCAAGUGCUCUCUUCAAGUGUACAGCCCUUAGAGUGUGAAACAGCCAUUCACGGUUUUCAUGUUGUGCCCUUCGGCUCGGCCUCCUAAGAGUUUGGGCUUGUGUUCUGUCCUUCUGGCUCAGAGAGAUUUUUUUUUUUUUUCUAAAAUUAGGAUUUAGCACAGAGGAAUUUUAUCAGAUGUAUUUGCAUGCAUGUCCUUUUCCUGCAAUUUGUAUUAGGCUUUUAUUUUUCUGUGUGAGAUAACAAAAUACAUCACUUCAGCCAAGAACUCCACUUACUAAACCACGAGUGCUUCCAGGGUGACUGAGGUGGCAGCAGAGCGGCACCUACCAUAUGGCACCUUGGAAGAGCCCUGGGUUCGACUCGCCAGGGGCCAGGACCCACCGCCCUCGGCGACCGAGCAUGGCCGCGGGUGUUAGGUCUGUGCGAGGCACGUGUGAUGGGGUGAUCUCACCCUGGCUUGUGCAUCACGGUGACCGACAGGGCAUUGCGCUCCCAAGUGCUGUUUCUUAACAGUCUUGGUGACUUUCCCCUACCAUGCGCCCGCUGACCCUUGGCAAACACUGGUCCGAAUUCUCUUAACCGUGUCUUUGUGUUUUGGUGAUGCCCAGGUGGAUCCGAAGUAGAGAACCCAGCUGACUGUGAGAGAGGGAGGGGAGGGGCUGAAUUGUGAGGCGUGUGGGCCCCAGAACCAUGUCUACGCGGGAGUCCUUUAACCCGGAAAGCUAUGAGUUGGACAAAAGCUUCCGGCUAACCAGAUUCACUGAACUGAAGGGCACAGGCUGCAAAGUGCCCCAAGAUGUCCUGCAGAAGCUGUUGGAGCCCUUACAGGAGAACCACUUCCAAGAAGAUGAGCAGUUUCUGGGAGCCGUCAUGCCAAGACUUGGCAUUGGAAUGGAUACUUGCGUCAUUCCUUUGAGGCACGGUGGUCUUUCCUUGGUUCAAACCACGGAUUACAUUUACCCUAUUGUAGACGACCCUUACAUGAUGGGCCGGAUAGCGUGUGCCAACGUCCUCAGUGACCUGUAUGCAAUGGGCGUCACGGAGUGUGACAAUAUGCUGAUGCUCCUUGGAGUCAGUAACAAGAUGACCGACAGGGAAAGGGAUAAAGUGAUGCCCCUGAUUAUACAGGGUUUUAAAGAUGCAGCAGAGGAAGCAGGAACAUCUGUAACAGGUGGCCAAACCGUGUUAAACCCCUGGAUUGUCCUGGGUGGAGUCGCCACAACUGUCUGCCAACCCAACGAAUUUAUCAUGCCAGACAACGCAGUCCCGGGAGACGUGCUUGUGCUGACAAAGCCCCUGGGGACGCAGGUGGCUGUGGCGGUGCACCAGUGGCUGGAUAUUCCUGAGAAAUGGAAUAAAAUUAAGCUAGUGGUCACCCAGGAAGACGUGGAGUUGGCCUACCAGGAAGCCAUGAUGAACAUGGCCCGGCUCAACAGAACAGCUGCAGGACUCAUGCACACGUUCAACGCCCACGCGGCCACUGACAUCACGGGCUUCGGGAUUCUGGGCCACGCACAGAACCUGGCCAAGCAGCAGAGGAACGAGGUGUCGUUUGUGAUUCACAAUCUUCCUGUGCUGGCGAAGAUGGCUGCUGUGAGCAAGGCCUGUGGAAACAUGUUUGGCCUCAUGCAUGGGACCUGCCCUGAGACGUCAGGAGGCCUGCUAAUCUGUUUACCACGGGAGCAAGCAGCUCGGUUCUGUGCAGAGAUAAAGUCCCCCAAGUAUGGUGAAGGCCACCAGGCAUGGAUUAUUGGGAUUGUUGAGAAGGGCAACCGUACGGCCAGAAUCAUAGACAAGCCCCGGAUCAUCGAAGUUGCGCCACAAGUGGCCACUCAAAACGUGAAUCCCACACCCGGUGCUACCUCUUAAUCUAGACAGAGAUAGCCAUUUGGUUUUGUUUUUAAAUAGAUCUAUUUCCUUUAUCCUAACUCCAAUUAAAGACUACAGUAUAAGCAACAACAAAAAUCUCAUUGUGUCUACGCAUCUGGUGACCUUAGGUCGGUUUGUGAGUGGAUGCAGUUAAUAAAAUGAAAUCCACGGCCUUCUUUCCCUGUUACAUUGCCUGAAGAUGCACCUGAUCUCGAGGCAGCUUCUGAGUUGAGGAUUAUAUUGUUAUCCAAUGCUGUUGAUUCAUUUUGAAUCUUAGACAUGUAUCUCUUGCCACAUAGGCUCUUCCUAAAGGUGCUUUCCCACAGCACAGACAUUACCCAGAGUGAUGUCACAUAGCAGUUUGUGUCUUUCAUUUUGUGUGUAUUUAUCAUAUCAGUCUGGUCUUCUUUUUUAAAGCAUCUUGGAUGGUGUUCUGGAAAGACAGAAUUGGUAAGUGACACGCUGGUGUCCCACAAUACGAGCAUUGCAUGGUUCCCUUGCCUCUGCGUCUUUGAUUUUAAGCCAAGUCUGAUGAUUCGGGAGCAUCUCCCGCCCGGGCAGGACGUUCUCCACUUGUGCGAUCAGGUCAGCAAGACAAGUGCUUCUCUGUAUGGAAAGCGCUUGAGAGACAAAACAGAAAUUUUCUUUCUUUUCUUUCUUUUUUUUUUUUUGGUAGCCUUUCUGGAAUUUACGAUAAUACCAUUAACUGUUUUCUUUACUGGUAGCAGAGAAGAUAAUUUUUGCAGUGUAAUUAGAUGUUCUAUAGUGCAGCAAGGAAUUGCCUUCUGACUGGGGUUCAUGCACAGUACUCAUCUGCAAUCCAAUAUAAAAUCACGCAAAUAAUUUUUAAAUAUAAUCAGUAAUAAUGACUUCUGUGGAUGGUAGUGUUUAAUACAUUCUAUAUUUUGUAUAGUGAUUUCUGCCUAAUUAGCAUUGUUUUGCCCUUUGCGCCAGUACUUUUUGUGCACGCUUUUUGUGAUUGUGUUAAAAAUCUGCAUUGCCAACAUUGCAGCUACGACUUAAACUUGUUACCCAAAUAAAUAUUUAAUUUUUUAAUUGCUCUUGUAUAAUCAGAUGCCCCUUUUAGUAUUAUUUUAGAAGCAUUGGGAGGGUUUUGCCUAAAGUACAAUUUAUUGGGGAAAACUAGAUUUUAGUUUUAUAAAACUUUUAAGUCUUUCAUGGGACCUAUAUUUUCUUGAAUUAAAUUUUGUAGUUCUAGAACAAAUAGGUGAUCUAAAAGGUGUUAUCUGUGUUACUUAAAGACAGAGGCUUCCUAAUAUCUAACCUACUAAGCAGUCAGAUUCCGAUCGCUAAGCACAAGGGCACGGAGUCCUCCAGCGACGUCCUCAUGGGAGCGGCAGUGCCUCAUCCCUGCAGUUCAGGACUGCUUCCUGCUUACAGCCACGGAGACACAAGCCACUCGUCCUCGUCGCCGUAGGAGACCGCCGCCACCCGGAAGAUGCCGCUCCUGCAGGGAGAGCUUGAGGCAGGCGCUCUUGUCUGUGGGCCGUGGCACAUUCACACGUGUACAGCUGGACGGGGCCCCCAGUCGAGGGCAGCGCAGAGGGUCUGCCACAGAACGGGCAGGAGUUGGACAUUUUAUAGGACUUUAUAGAUGUUGGUCCUCAAAAGCCACACCCCGGUGGUCUACAAAAUAAAUGUGUUGGGAACCUCUGAGUAUGAAAAAUAGACUAUUGGGCUUAAAGGAAAAAAUGAUGGUUGAAUCUGAACAGCAGUAGAUUAUAUCUGAAAUGCUGCUUUCCUUGGUGGCAGGUCUGUGGAGAGGAAGUAAACGAAACAGAUGAUGCCCUUGCAGUCUUUGUGGAGAUGCCUAUCCAUAGAUGAUAUCGAGGGCUACAAGGUCUGUGCAGUUCCUGUAUCCCAGGGAGAACCUGAAAGUGGGAUUUUCAGUGAUCCCGGUACUCCUACCUUGCAGCCCCCGUGGUGUUUGUCACAAGGGACUUCCUGCCCUUUACCACAGGCACAGAAUCGGCUUCUGGAAUCUGGGCUGUCCGGAAAGCACGAAAAGGCAGGGCUACGCUUUAGAGUGUGAGAGCCACUCUACAAAAGCAGUGUUGCAGAGGGGAGGCAAGGAAAGAAAGUGAACUUUGUUUUUCAACCUACUUUGCCAGUUUUUCUUUUAAAUCUUGACAGUUCUGUUUAUUUCCCAUGUCUGAGCUAUGGCCCAGCAGAGGAGUUGAGAAAAGACUGGUAACUUGAAAAAUCCAUUGAGUCAGCUGAUUUGAGUUCUUGACAGAGUCUAUGGGAAACAUUUUAGAAUUCAGUAAAAAAUUAAUAUACAGCUCUUUUGACUUGCUGGUAGCUAAUACUUUAAAACUUCACAUUGAAGUGUGUUCAUCUUGGUAUACUGAUAACUUUUCUGUAAAUCCUAUGAUACAGUGGCAUCCAAAACUUGAGUCUGUUAGUACAUACAGGAUUAGUAAACAGCCCAAAGAAGCUGGACCUGAUGCGGUUUUUUUUCUUCUGGGCCUCACGGUAUUUGCAAAGGAAUAUUUAAGCUUAGCUGGUUAUUUACAUGGGUUAUGUUGAAGCAGUGUGUUCAUUGAAGAAACAUUUACGUAUUAUGUAAGCAAUAAUGUACCUUUUUUCUUCCUGGCUCAGUAUUUCAGAAAAGCUUUGUAGCCUUCCAAGUUCUGCGUGCUUUAUAAGGAGUAAGUGUGUUUUAAAUUGUUCUGAUUAUACAUGUGUGAGCAGCGCCUCACAGUCUGGCUCUUGCAUUGCUCUUAACAGUUCCAUCCGAGUUCUAAAUCUCAGUUUUAUUCUGUAGAGACCGAAACAAUGGCUGCAUCACGUUCUCUCUUCUGGGAAUAGCAAACAAAUACUGACGUGGGAGUUACCCAGAGGUGUGUGUACACCUCCCCGGGCCGCUCAUGCCCACCCCACUCCUCAGCUCGGACUGUUCAGUAGAGUUUACUUCUGUUAGUCGUUUGUUCCUUUUCUCAAGAAUCUACAUAGGAAUCGUGCAAUUACUAACAUUCCAGGGACACCGAAACUCUAAGGUCCAGGAAAAUGGAGUAUGGGAGUAUUGUUUUUGCCUUUGUUUAAACCGUCUACCGUGAAUACAGUUAGAGGUGAGUGGAUUAGCAGCUUACUUGUCAAGUAGAAUGUUUGGUAGCACAGUGCGUGUGGGCCUUUAGACGCGACCCAGAAUUCCUGGAGCCCGGAGCCUGCUGUGGAUGCCAGUACUUUGGCUUGGUCAUUGUGGCUUGAAGCUGUUCUCUGUAGGGUGCUCCGUAUUUCAGUUUCCAGCAUUCAAGUCUGAACACACGGUUGAUGCUUUGAAUACUAUUUUACUGUACCUGGGCUUUGUAGUUCAAGGCCAGCUUGAACUGCAUAGUGAGACCCUGUCUUAAACAAAAAUCAAAACAUGAAGAAGCUAAUCUGACUUGUAUUUCCAUCAUAUACUAUAAUAUAUAUUUUUAUAAAGUAACAUUGAAUAUCAGCAUCAGAUACCAGAUUUUUAAUGACAAACAUUUUCUUCAUAAAGUCAUCUCUGUCUCAGGGUUAGGACAUCAUUAUCCAAAAUACACCCCUAAAGGAAAAAAUAGAAAAUUCCCCAAAUACCAAAUUUUAAAUUGCAAGUUAACAGUAUGUACCAAGGACCCAGAAAUACUAAGAAAAUCUGGAAAAAAAUUCAAAACUGCCUGUCACCAAAAAUGCAUAAAUGAGAGGAAAAUUAAUGACAUUCAAAAAAAUAACUUGCAUUAAAAAUAAGGGCACGAUAGUAUACAAUGAUAGACACUGUAAAAAAGACUGCAAAAAAACUCACUCCCACCAGAAUUUUAAUAAUUUCUAUUAUGUACAGGCACAAGUGUGUGGCAAACGUACAAAUAAAGAUAAAAUCAAAGGGGGAUACUAAAGCAGUGGUUGCUUUUCAAGAAAUUCUGUAUGAUUUAAAAAAUUCUUAUUUAUGUGAUUUUUAAAAAAAUGGUCAACGUGUAUAGCUUUUCAGAUGAGAAAUGAACAUAUUUUACAUUUUUAAUUGUCUAGUCAAUAUAGUCUCAAAAGUAAAGUAACAAAAUCCAAGUAAAUACAUAGCAUAACUACAAACUCAAGUCACUCAACCCAUAAGAUUGGAAUUGUGGCUAUAUGAAAAUAUGAAGUUUAUGGUCUCUUUAAA